GAGGACAUCUUUAUAAAAGAAAAGUAGCAGAUAAUAAAUAUAAAGCAAAUCUUUUAACACAUUUAGCUGCUAUAUUAUCAAUCAAGUUAGAACCAUGUUCUGUUAAGCCACCAUCAAGUUUUUUAUAUUUUAAGACAGCUUUAAAAUUAAAACAUAUUAAUAUUGCAAAAUUUAAAGACUAUUAUUAUAAAUUUGAUAAUAAAACAUCAUCUAAAAUUAGUAAAGCUUUAGGAAGAAAAAUUUGGCAAUCACAUAGCAAAAUAAAAAAAGGCUUGAAGAGCUGA